CAGCUUAUAACAUUGACGACCUGAUAUCAGUAGGCUAUGUGAACGACAAUUACCUAUUCUCAGUCAGUCUUUGGUCCUGUUGUAUGUAAUGGCUGAAGGAGCCUCCCCUGCUGUUGACACCUAUAGAAGAUUUCCAGGAAGUCUCACAGUUCCCGAAGAGUGGUUUGACUAUACUCGAUACGGGGAGGUCAUACCAGGAACUAGAAUAAUUGCAGUAAAGACGCCACUCAAAAAAGAGUUCAACAAUGGUCGUCCCCAAAGUAAAAGUUGGACAAAAUAUGAUUUUGGAGUGUGUACAGAGGAUGAAUUCACUCCUCAGCAGCUGAUGGAUGCUUUGACUGAUAAGGGUCUCAAACUCUCCGCUAUUAUUGACCUCACCUACACUAACCGAUACUACAGCAGUGCUGAAUUUGAGGACGCAGGGGUGACGCAUAUCAAGAUCAAAUGCCCUGGUAAAGUGGUACCCAGUGAUGACAUAUACUGCAGGUUUGCAUCUGCUUUAAAGGAGAGCCUCAACUCCAGUGAUGACCCCCGGACUGUAGUGGCUGUUCACUGUACCCACGGAGUCAACAGGACAGGCUACCUAUUGUGCAGGUACUUGAUGCAGGAGAAAAGCUUCACUGCAGAUAGAGCAAUCAGAAAAGUUCAAGAGGCCCGUGGUCAUGUGAUGAAGAAGUAUCUGGAACCCCUUAGAAAGAGGUCUCCUUCAGCACCCUCAAGGAGUCGACCUCCCCCACCGCAGGAGACACGACCACCACACCAGCAUCAUAACACAGUACACCGUAAACACCCACGUCCAAGACCCUCUCCACACAAACCACAAGAGUGCACCCACCCCCAUCAUACGAAAGAGACAGGUCACUUGAAUCGAGGGUGGGACAGACGUCGAGGAAGGAGUGAUAAUGACACUAACUGGAGGGCACCACCAUUAACCCAGCAAGGUGUGUCGGAACGUGGACACUGGGACUGUGGUCCCGCUAAACCGUUUCACCAUAGUCACUAUCAUCCCUUUCAUACUGAUUAUCAUCAUGUUCAAAACCCCUACCCCACUGGAUUUCAGUCCGAUCAUAACCCCUAUCCCACUGGAUUUCAGCCUGAUCAUAACCCCUAUCACACUAGAUUUCAUGACCCUUCUCGUGCCGAAUAUAAUCGUUAUCAUGGUAACAUGUGCAACAGUCGAUACCAUCCUUAUUGAAAGUGAGUUUGUUUGUGUGUUAUGCAGAUCAGCAUCAACUAUCAUCAAGGGUUACCAAAGCAAAAGUCACUAUCAAGCCACCCUGAUCUGUUACGUAUAUAUAAGCAAUCCGCAAUUAUAAAUUUUCCCGUUAUUUUCUCUACAUAUCUAUCACCUUGUUUAACC